AUGUCGGGCGUUCAACCUGUGGCGUUGUACGCCAUGAAAGUGCCUCCGGGCGACAUCAUGGUCCCCGCCGUCCCCGAGUUCGCUGCCAUGUUCCGUCUGACUAUGGCCGCCAUCGACCCCAGCGCUGAGCCCGAGCUCGAAGAUCCCGACGACAAGCGCCCUGCUCGAGCCACCCUCAAGCUGAUCCGCGUCCCAGAUGGCAUGCUUGAUGAGGAUGACGAUGAUGACGAUGAUGAGGACUACCUUGCCGCCCUAGAGGACGACGAUGAGGAAGAUGAUGAAGACGACGAAGACGAGGACGACGAAGAAGUCAAUGGCGGGCCGAGUGAGAAGAAGUCCAAAGCCAGCGCAGGUGAUGAGGACGACGAUGACGACGAAGAUAUGGAAGACGAAGAUGACGAGGAUGACGACGACGAGGAUGCAGCGGCCAUUGCGAGACUGACCGAGCUCAUGAAGAGCGCCAAAGGGAAAGGGAAAGCCAAAGCCCUGGAGGGAGAAGACGACGCCGACGAUGAAGAAGAUGAAGACGAUGAGGCUCUUGAGAUGGACGAGGUUGUAAUCUGCACUCUCGACCCCGAAAAGAAUUGCCAACAACCUCUGGACUUCGUGGUCGGCGAGGGCGAGAAGAUCUUCUUCAAGGUAUCUGGCGCAUACACCGUCAACCUUACUGGAAACUAUGUGAUUCCUCAAGACGACGUCCCUGCUCGUCUCUAUGACGAAGAUGAAGACGAUGAGGAGCUAGAUUAUGACCUGUCACCGGACGAGGACGAGCUCGACGCCCUCGAGGACGCCGACGAAGAGUCCGACGAUCUUGAUGAUCUCAAAGACCCUCGCAUCAAGGAACUCGACGAAGACGAUGAAGUGGACGCACUCAAGGCCAUCAAGAUGGCUGGGAAGGGCAAGAACAAACGGCCUGCGGAAGAUGACGAGGACGACGAGGAAGAGGACAAUCUAGACGACAUCGUCGCCAAGUCUCUCAAAAAGGAGGAAUCCAAGGAGGCAGCAGCACCCGAGAAACUCAGCAAAGCAGAGAAGAAGCGGCUCAAGAAACUCAAAAAGAACGAUGGCGAAGCCGUGGCGGUCGGCGCAACCGAAGGCAAGAAGGACACAACACAGACCAACGGCAGCUCUUCUGAGAAGAAAGUCCAAUUCGCCAAGAACCUAGAGCAAGGACCAACACCGUCCGCGACGCCUCCUACCUCUUCUGCCAAGUCGGCCGACAGCAGCAAGGAGAAGUCAUCAGGCGGCGCCUCUCUGGGCGUCAAGGAAGUCCAAGGCGUGACCGUCGACGACCGCAAACUCGGCAGCGGACCCGCCGCGAAGAAAGGAUCGCGCCUGGAGAUGCGGUACAUUGGCAAACUCGACAACGGCAAGGUCUUUGACAGCAACAAGUCCGGCAAGCCUUUCAGCUUCAAGCUCGGCGCCGGCGAAGUCAUCAAGGGCUGGGACAUUGGGCUCCAGGGCAUCCAGGUCGGCGGCGAGCGGAGACUGGUCAUCCCCGCGCACCUGGCGUAUGGGAACAAGGCUCUGUCGGGCAUUCCCAAAAAUAGCAGGUUGACCUUCGAUAUCAAGUGUCUGGCUGUGAAAUAA